UCAAACCCGACUCCGUCACGCCGCGUCAGUCCGGAGUCGCACAAUUAUGAAAAAUCCACCUUCCGCUGGAGCUGCAGCGGACGCACACGACUCCCACCGCCGCCACCGGGCUUUCCUUGCAAGGCUUACCGAGCAGCACGGCGCCGAUAGAUGGCUAGACGCCCCGGAUCAGCGCCUCGAGAGUCUGAACGGUGAAGAGAAUGUCCCAGAAGUCCUGGAUCGAACACACUUUCACCAGGAGGGAAUGUGUCUAUAUUCUGCCCGUGUCGAAGGACCCUCACAGAUGUCUCCCAGGAUGCCAAAUCUGUCAGCAGCUCGUGCGAUGCUGCUGUGGGCGUCUGGUUCGGCAGCACGUGGGCUUCAGCGCCUCACUGCCAGCAAAAUAUUCAGACGUGCGUCUGACCGAGGGAGAGCUGCCCGAUCUGGAGCAGUGGUCAGUGGAGAAGCACACGGAGGAGAGUCCCACUGACGCUUAUGGAGUCAUCAACUUCCAGGGAGGAUCCCACUCAUACAGAGCCAAGUAUGUGCGUCUCUCCUAUGACUCCCGUCCGGAAGCCAUCCUGAGGCUCAUGCUGAAGGAGUGGCAGAUGGAGCUGCCAAAGAUCGUCAUCAGUGUUCAUGGGGGAAUCCAGAACUUCGACCUGCAUCCGCGGAUCAAACAGGUGGUGGGAAAAGGACUGAUCAAAGCUGCUGUCACCACCGGGGCCUGGAUCCUGACCGGAGGGGUCAACACAGGUGUGGCCAAACAUGUGGGGGACGCUCUGAAGGAACAUAUGUCCAGAUCGGCUCGGAAAAUCUGUACGGUGGGAAUAGCACCCUGGGGAGUGAUCGAAAACAGGAACGACCUCAUCGGAAGAGACGUUGUAGCGCCGUACCAAACCCUGCUGAAUCCUCUCAGUAAACUCAACGUCCUGAAUAACUUCCACUCUCAUUUCGUCCUGGUGGAUGAUGGGACAGUCGGGAAAUAUGGAGCUGAAGUCAAACUCAGGAGAGAACUGGAGAAACACAUUAACCAGCAGAGAAUCCACGCCCGCAUUGGUCAGGGCGUCCCGGUCGUGGCUCUGAUCUUCGAAGGCGGUCCAAACGUGAUCCUGACGGUGCUGGAGUAUCUUCAGGAGAGUCCUCCGGUGCCGGUGGUGGUGUGUGAGGGAACCGGACGCGCCGCUGAUAUACUGGCAUACGUACACAAGCAGACGGAGCAGGACGGAGCGCUGCCUGACGGCGUCGAGGCCGACAUAAUCACGACAAUCAAGAAAACCUUCAACUUUAGCCACAGUGAGGCGCUGCAUCUCUUCCAGACGCUGAUGGAGUGCAUGAAGAACAAAGAGCUGAUCACAGUGUUUCCUGUGGGCUCAGAGGACCAUCAGGACAUCGAUGUGGCCAUCCUGAAGGCUCUGCUCAAAGGCACAAACGCGUCGGCCUUCGAUCAGCUGGUCCUGACGCUGGCGUGGGAUCGGGUGGACAUCGCUAAAGAUCACGUGUUUGUUUACGGACGACAGCUGCUGGUGGGCUCCCUCGAGCAGGCGAUGUUGGAUGCGUUGGUGAUGGACCGCGUGGAGUUUGUGAAGCUCCUGAUCGAGAAUGGCGUCAGUAUGCACCGCUUCCUCACAAUCACACGCCUGGAGGAGCUCUACAACACGAAACAGACUCAGACCAAUCCGACGCUCUAUCACCUGGUGAGGGACGUCAAACAGGGUAACCUCCCGCCCAACUAUAGGAUCACGCUGAUCGACGUGGGUCUGGUGAUCGAGUUUCUGAUGGGAGGAACGUACCGGUGCAACUACACACGCAAACGCUUCCGCAUCAUCUACAACAACCUGCACGGGAACAGCCGGCGGUCAAGUCGACACACGGCGGGCAGCACCCAUGAGUCUUUCAGCAUUCAGGCAGAUAAAAAAGAGAAGACACGACACAAUCACUUCAUCAACACGGCGCAGCCCUACAAGCCCAGGCUGGACUCGGUCUCUGAGCAGCAGCAGAAGAAGAAGAGUAAGGAGGAGGUGGUGGACAUCGAUGACCCGGAGACGCGCCGGUUCCCGUACCCCUUCAACGAGCUGCUGGUGUGGGCCGUGCUGAUGAAGCGGCAGAAGAUGUCUCUGUUCUUCUGGCAGCACGGAGAGGAGUCCAUGGCCAAAGCUCUGGUGGCCUGCAAACUGCUGCGCUCCAUGGGAUACGAGGCCAAGAAGAGCGACGUGGUGGAUGACACGUCCGAGGAGCUGAAGGAGUAUUCCAGUGAGUUCGGCACGCUGGCCGUGGAUCUGCUGGAGCAGUCGUUCAGACAGGACGAGACCAUGGCCAUGAAGCUGCUGACCUACGAGCUGAAGAACUGGAGUAACUCCACCUGUCUGAAGCUGGCCGUGUCGUCACGUCUCCGUCUGUUCGUGGCUCACACCUGCACACAGAUGCUGCUCUCCGACAUGUGGAUGGGCCGCCUGAACAUGCGCAAGAACUCCUGGUACAAGGUGAUCCUGAGCAUCCUGGUUCCUCCUGCCAUCCUCCUGCUGGAGUACAAGACUAAAGCGGAGAUGUCCCACAUCCCUCAGUCGCAGGACGCUCAUCAGAACAUGGAGGACAGCGAGCACAGCCUGCAGAAGCCUGACGACAUCCCCAUGGAUGUGUUUAAGGAAGUCCGUCCCAAUGAGAACGCCGAUGUGAAGAGUGAGACGGAGGUGCACGUGCGCUCCCGCCGGUUACCCAUCACACGCAGGUUCUACGCCUUCUACCACGCACCCAUCGUCAAGUUCUGGUUCAACACGCUCUUCUACAUCGGCUUCCUGAUGCUGUAUUCAUACGUGGUGUUGGUGAAGAUGGAGUCGUUUCCGUCUCCUCAGGAAUGGGUCGUCAUUCUUUGCAUCUUCACGUUGGGGGUGGAGAAGAUUCGAGAGAUGUUCAUGUCUGAAGGAGGUAAAAUCAGUCAGAAGAUUAAAGUCUGGUUCUGCGACUACUUUAACGUUUCUGAUUUCCUGGCCAUCCUGAUGUUCUUCGUGGGCUUCGGUCUGCGCUUCGGCUCGGGGAUCGUGUUCAUCACGGGCCGGUUAGUGUACUGUCUGAACAUCAUCUUCUGGUACGUACGGCUGCUGGACAUCCUGCUGGUCAAUCAGCAGGCCGGACCCUACGUCAUGAUGAUCGGGAAGAUGGUGGCCAACAUGUUCUACAUCGUGGUCAUCAUGGCCGUGGUGCUGCUGAGUUUUGGAGUUCCCCGGAAAGCCAUUCUGUACCCAAACGAGGAUCCCUCGUGGACCUUAGCCAGAGAUGUGGUGUUCCAGCCCUACUGGAUGAUGUACGGUGAAGUCUACGCCUACGAGAUCGACGUGUGUGCGAACUCGAGCGACCCGAACGUGAAGGAUCUGUGCGGGCCCGGUGUGUGGCUGACGCAGCUGCUGCAGGCCGUCUAUCUGUUCGUCCAGUACAUCCUGAUGGUCAACCUGCUCAUCGCCUUCUUCAAUAACGUCUACAUGCAGGUGAAGUCCAUAUCCAACCUGGUGUGGAAAUACCAGCGCUAUCACUUCGUCAUGGAGUACCACGACAAGCCCGUCCUUCCUCCGCCGCUGAUUCUGCUCAGCCACGUCGCGUCUGUGCUGUCCUCCAUCUGCAGGAAGAGGAAGAAGGACAGCAGCACCUACGGCCCAAAGCUCUUCCUGACCGAGGAGGACCAGAAGAAGCUGCACGACUUCGAGGAGCAGUGCGUGGAGACAUACUUCCACGAGAAAGACGAUCAGUUUCACUCUGGGAGUGAAGAGAGAAUCAGACUCACGUCCGACAGGGUGGAAACGAUGUGUGUGCAGCUGAAGGAGGUGGGAAACAAGGUGAACUUCAUCAAGCGCUCUCUGCACACGCUGGAUUCUCAGAUCGGACACCUGCAGGACCUGUCUGCACUCACGGUGGACACACUGAAGGCACUGACCGCGCAGCGAGCGUCCGAGGCUAGCAAAGUGCACAACCAGAUCACACGCGAGCUCAGCGUCUCCAAGAACCUGGGACCCGACCUGACGGGGCACUCGAAGUCCAGCGCUCUGCUGCGGUGCAGCGUGGGAUUCCUGCCUCCGGCCGCCAGCAUAGCAGAGUCUCUGUUCGGGGGCGGAGCCGAGGAGCGGCAGGGGGCGGAGCUUCCUCCCAGCCUCCAGAGACGGCCUGCGUUCACAGCCUCGUCUGGAUCCUCUGAGGUCACCUCACCACAGCUGCGGCGCCGCGGACGCUCCGUGCAGCAGGACACGUGUCCCAGCAGCCCCGUCAGCACCCCGCCGCAGACACACACGGAGCCGGCGCACGUCACAGUGGAGUUCGGGGCCUUCGUGGGUGAGUAUGAGGAGGAAGAGGAGGGUGUUUAUGAGAGGAGUGAUGGAGGACCCCCAGGGGUGUUCGUGAGUGAGCCUGAGUGCGAGGGAUACGUCAAUCACGCCUUCGCUGAUGAUGAAGACGCUAGACCCGCCCCCGACCCACCCGACAGAAACACGCCCCUCCCGGGCCUCCCUCUGACCCCUGAGCACCGGCCCCGGGGCCCGCAGCGCUUCGAGAGAGACGGCCGCUGCAGAAGAGCGCUGAACAGACUCCGAGAGAGACACGGAGGUCACAAGGAUGAUCCUGAGGGUCAGAGGUCAUUUCCUAAAGAGGGUGCUGUCAGCCGUCAGCCGAGUCCCUCCAGAAAGACUCGAGACGCGGCGGCCGCGGCGCAGGGUCACGUGCGGAUGGUGAACUCGUACGCCGGCUUCACCGAGCUCGACAGAAACCCUUCAGUCCUGCAGCCAGAGUCCGCGCUCGGGAAGCAGGAGAGCACACGCGUGUCACUGGAGGACGUCUCGUGUUAUGAGGAUCCGCUGCUGGGGAAAUCAUCUCAGUCCAGUAAACCGAGUCCAGGAGAAGACAUCUCAAACACUGCAGCGGGGCUGUACGGUGCUCGUCACACACACCUCUCCGUGUGGAAGGACUCGAUCAGUUCUCCGUUCAAGCCCAUGGACAGUUAUCAGUAUUCAGCGGUGGAGCGUAAUAACCUGAUGCGGUUGUCCCAGAGUAUUCCAUUCACCCCAGUGCCCCCUCGAGGUGAACCGGUGACCGUGUACCGUCUGGAGGAGAGCUCUCCCAACAGCAUCAAUAACAGCAUGUCGUCCUGGGCUCAGCGUGGUCUCUGUGCUAAGAUCGAGUUCCUCAGUAAGGAGGAGAUGGGUGGAGGUCUGCGCCGGGCGCUGAAGGUGCUCUGCACCUGGUCCGAGUACGACAUCCUCAAGCCUGGACACCUGUACAUCGUCAAGUCCUUCCUGCCCGAGGUGGUCAACACCUGGCAGAGCAUCUACAGAGAGGACACCGUCCUGCACCUCUGUCUCAGGGAAAUUCAGCAGCAGAGAGCAGCUCAGAAACUCACGUUUGCCUUCAAUCAGAUCAGACCCAAAACCAUCCCAUACUCACCCAGGUUUCUGGAGGUCUUCCUGCUCUACUGUCACUCUGCCGGUCAGUGGUUUGCCAUCGAGGAGUGCAUCACUGGAGACUUCCGCAAGUUUAAUAAUAACAACGGGGAUGAAAUCGUGCCGACCAACCUUCUGGAGGAAACCAUGCUGGCCUUCAGCCACUGGACGUAUGAGUACACUCGAGGAGAGCUGCUGGUGCUGGACCUGCAGGGGGUCGGUGAGAUACUGACAGAUCCAUCAGUCAUCAAGAGCGGAGAGAAAGGGUCUUAUGAUAUGAUCUUUGGGCCGGCGAAUCUCGGAGACGAUGCCAUUCGAAACUUCCGCACCAAACAUCACUGCAACUCGUGCUGCAGGAAACUCAAGCUUCCGGAUCUGAAGCGGAACGACUACACUCCUGAUAAACUGACGCUGCAGCAUGACCCCUCCGAGGACCCGUCCGCUAAAGAACAGCGUCCCUCAAUGCGCUUAAUGCUGUGAGACACACACACACACACACACACACACACACACAUCACGGUGUGUGUGCGGAGGACAUAAGUGUGCAUGUUUUAUAUGAAUGUGUCGCCUCUGAACAAAUGAUGCAAUCUAGAGAUGUUUUAAUAAAUCCCAUUUUAUCCUGUACAAUUAUAACAGGGAGUAUGAGCUUUUAAAAGUAUUUUUUUAAGUUUUUAUGGCUGUAUAAAGUAUAAAGUGGUUAAUAACUGGUACAAUAUCACUGUAUUGUUACAUAUUUAUUCUAAAUUACAGGAAGUAGCCUUGUAUAAAAUAAAAGCUAUUUUACGUGUGAAGUCUGUUAGUUUUGGGAAAGACCUCUGGCUCAUUAAACUAUUAUCAGAUGUUGUACAGAGCUGUAUGAAUGCAUCUAUGGUUUGAAUCUCAUGUAGAUUAUGGGCAGAUUGCAAUGCAAACCACAGAAGAGUGUGUGAUCUGACUGAGACUCACAUUAUAAUGUUACAGAGGUACUGUCGUCAGAGUAUCGUGUGAAAGGGUUAAUCGUGUAUCUCAUAGAUACAUUUAUCUGGCACAGUUCUAUCAACUCAAACAUGAGAGUAUUAGAUGCUGGGGAUACUAUAUUAAUGGAUCUGUACACAUUUUUUACUGUAUAUUUAAUAAAACACUGAAAAACCUG